AUGAGGGAUUGGAGGACUGCGGCGGAGAGAUAUUGGCCGUUGAUUGCGGAACGGCAUGGGCCGCUCUUGGAUCUUGUUGCGAGUUUGAAGAAGGAGAUUGCGGAUGCGCUAAAAGACGGAAAGACGUGGUCUGGAGAAGUGGCCAAGCGGACCCAUUGCACAAACCUCCAGUCCAUGAAAUCAACACUGAACCGCGAACCUUGGGCCAGGCGCACGCCUCCAUCCAAAUACAUACCCCUCAAAGACAAACACGUCACCUUCUCCGAAACAGUGCUCUGGCGAAAGUUCAACAGCGCAGCCCCGCCAAAGGAGCUACACAGACUGGCCUCAAACACAUUGCUCCACAAAGAAGAGUUUACAACGAGCCUGGCUAGAAGGGUGCGUAGGUCAACAAAGAGCUUUAAGAAGAAGGCAAUUGAGAGUAAGGGGUGGGAUUCAAUGUUCAAGACGGAUUGGUGGGGUGUAGGGUUGGAGCCUUGGGGGUCGGCGAAGACUAAGGAAGAAGACGAGGAGGAGGAGGCGACGGAGGAGGAUGUAGAGAGGUUAGAAAAAGAGUUCAAUGAAGAGAUAGUACAGCAGCUGGUGACACAACCAUGGUAA